UUCCUAUCCCUCACUUAUCAUAUCAUUUUACUCCAUUCUUCUUCUUCCACAGCCAUGGGUAUCACCACCGAAGCUUCUCCCUUUGACUGCAUACUAUUCGAUUUGGACGACACCUUGUACCCGACCACCACCGGAAUUGACCACUCCGUCAAGAAAAACAUCGAACUGUUUUUGAUCGAGAAAUGCGGAUUCUCAGAGACCCAAGCCUCUACCCUCCGAGUUGAACUCUUCAAAUCCCACGGAAGCACUCUCGCCGGUUUGCGAGCACUGGGUUAUGAUAUCAGCGCAGAUGAUUACCACGGUUUCGUACACGGAAGGCUACCUUACGAGGCGAUCCAACCUGAUAUUCAGUUACGGAACCUCCUCCGCUCCAUCAAGCAAAGAAAACUUAUUUUCACAAACUCGGAUAGGAUUCACGCGCUGAAGGUGUUGGAUCGGCUUGGGAUCGAGGACUGUUUCGAGCAAAUCGUAUGUUUCGAGACAAUGAACCCGAACCUCCCCAAUUCGACCCGACCCGACGAAUUCCCCGUCCUCCUAAAACCGUCGCUUGACGCCUUCAAGAUUGCACUCCACACUGCCAAAGUGGAUCCUCGUCGUUCGCUGUUUCUUGAUGAUAGCACGCGCAACGUCGCCGCGGGAAAAGAAAUGGGUCUUCACACUGUUCUGGUUGGGAAGACCGUGAAAAGCAAAGGAGCAGACUAUGUUGUGGAGAGUGUGAAUAACGUUGCGCAAGUAAUUCCGGAGAUAUGGGCAAACGCAAUGGACGGUGAUGAUGAAAGGAUCACACGGUCGAAGAGCGAACUUGAUGCUGUACUCGCCACUGCUGCUGUUGGAGCUUGAAAACUGACCCUUUGUUUGGAUGUGGGUUAGGGCCUGACAUUCGUUGUCCAUUCCCAACAACCUAAUGCAAUUAAUAAAAUAAUAUCCAACACUGAUGACUAAGACAAUGAAAAUAAAUAACAGUGCCCCCACCUUAAUUAUUGGCAUCAUGUUAAUCAUGUGAAUAUUGUAAGAUAUUUGGUAUUAGUUACCUGUACGAAUUGGAAAUCAACUUGUAUCUCUCAGUGAUAUCCAUUGGUUAACGAAUAAAGUUAAUUACUCUUAU